AUGAUCAAUCUAUGGAGACUCAGAGCUGAAACAUUGAGGAUUGGGAGCAAAUCGGGCAAGGCAAAACUAGUAGGAAUAGUGACGUGCAUGGUUGGAGUGACAUCUCUAGCUUUCUAUGAAGGCCCCCAUUUCAAGAUCUUAUGCCUCUUUGAUCAUUCUCAUCAUGGGCAAAAUCAACACCUUCGAUCUCAUGAAACAUGGAUCAAAGGUUGUUCCUUGAUGGUCUCAUCUAGCUUCACUUGGGGGGUUUGGCUUGUUUUUCAGGCAAGACUUCAAAAGAGUUAUCCACCAAAGCUUCUGUUCACGGCUCUUCAAUGUGCACUGGCUUCAAUUCAGUCAUUUGUUGUUGCAAUCAUUAUUGAAAGAGAUCCUAAUGAGUGGAAACUUGGCUGGGACAUGAAACUAGUAGCCGUAGUUUAUUGUGGAGUUGUGGUGACUGGAGUAACCUAUUAUUUGCAAGCAUGGGUUCUAGAGAAGAAAGGUCCAGUCUUUCUAGCCAUGUCCACUCCUUUGGCUUUCAUCUUCACAAUGAUAUGCUCUGCGAUUUUGUGCGACUUCAUCGACCUUGGAAGGUACUUAGCUAACCAUCAUAUUUAA